AUGGAGAGAUAUUUGUCUGUUUUCAUGGUUGAUUUUCUGCCUGACACGUGUUUAAAUGCUAUUGGUCCUGGUUUAAUAUUGGUUUCUCAAGGAUACUGGGCUUUGUUGUGCUGUUGGCUGAAAGGCUGUAGUCUAGCUAAUAUCGUUCAUGGGUCUUUGUCUGUUUUCGUGGCUGAUUUUUUGCUUGACAUGUGUUUAAAUGCUAUUGGUCCUGGUUCAAUAUUGGUUUCUCAAGGAUACUGGGCUUUGAUGGAGAAUAAAUUAGAUUUUGAACCUCAGAGAGAAUCAAGGCAACUGAAUUACAAGUACCGUAUACAAAGUGAUAAGAAAGUUGCUAUCUGCAGUGUACAUCCAUCUGAGCAAGCCACAUUGCAGUGCCUAGGAUGUGUCAAGGCCAAAAUACCAGUUGCCAAAAGCUACCAUUGCUCACCUAAAUGUUUUUCAGACGCAUGGCAGCAUCAUCGUGUUCUGCAUGAACGUGCUGCUACUGCUGUAAAUGAAAAUGGAGCUGAGGAGGAAGAACUAUUUGGGCGCUUCAACAGCACAGGAUCUGGUGUGGUCAACACAAGCUUACCUGCUUCACAAUCAAGCCCUAGCUUGACAAAUGGUGCCACACCUGUAUAUCCGGCAGCUGUUGCACAAAGAAAUGGUGGUGAAACAUGGUUUGAUGUUGGACGCUGCAAGACUUAUACACCAACAGCUGAUGAUAUUGGCCAUGUUCUUAAAUUUGAGUGUGUUGUGGUGGACGCAGAAACAAAACUACCUGUGGGACUUGCCAACACAAUUUUAACGUCUCGUGUCAUUCCUGCUCCAUCUCCUAGUCCCCGUCGCUUGAUCUCUGUGAAUAAUGGAGUUGAUGUGAUGGGCCAUUUGGAUGCAGAUAGUCGCAUUACAUCUACUGGAACUUUUACAGUGCUCUCGUACAACAUAUUGUCUGAUGCAUAUGGCACAAGUGAAUUAUAUAGUUAUUGCCCUUCUUGGGCUCUUUCGUGGCCUUAUCGCAGGCAAAAUCUGUUGCGAGAAAUAGUUGGCUAUCAUGCCGACAUUGUUUGUCUUCAAGAGGUUCAAAGUGACCAUUUUGAGGAAUUUUUCGCCCCUGAACUCGACAAACAUGGUUAUCAAGCUCUAUUUAAAAGAAAAACAGCAGAGGUAUUCAGUGGAAAUAUUCAUAUAAUUGAUGGCUGUGCAACAUUUUUCCGUAGAGACAGAUUUUCACAUGUCAAAAAAUAUGAGGUUGAAUUUAAUAAAGCUGCACAGUCUUUAACUGACGCGUUGGUUCCUAAUGCUCAGAAGAAAACUGCACUCGGUCGAUUAGUCAAGGAUAAUGUCGCACUGAUUGUGGUUCUAGAAGCAAAAUUCAAUAACCAGGGGAUCGAUAAUCCUGGGAAACGCCAGCUUGUUUGUGUGGCAAAUACACAUGUGAAUGUCCACCAGGAUUUGAAGGAUGUCAAGCUCUGGCAGGUUCAUACUCUCUUAAAAGGAUUGGAAAAAAUAGCUGCCAGUGCAGACAUUCCCAUGCUGGUGUGUGGGGAUUUUAAUGCUGUUCCUGGAAGUGCCCCUCAUGCACUUCUUGCAAUUGGGAAGGUUGAUCCUAUGCAUCCUGAUCUAGCAGUAGACCCUCUUGGAAUCUUACGCCCUGCCAGCAAACUAGCACAUCAGCUGCCAUUGGUGAGUGCCUACUCGUCCUUUGCAAGAAUGGGGGUCGGUCUUGGCUUAGAGCAACACCGGAGGAGAAUGGACCCUACCACAAACGAACCGCUAUUCACAAACUGCACCAGAGAUUUUAUUGGCACUCUUGAUUACAUAUUUUACUCAGCCGACACUUUAACUGUGGAAUCUUUGUUGGAGCUCUUGGAUGAAGAUAGCUUGAGGAAAGACACAGCACUUCCUUCUCCCGAGUGGUCUUCAGAUCAUAUAGCACUGUUAGCUGAAUUUCGCUGCAAGCCUAGAACUAGACGCUGAUGCUACUGGGUCAGGUCAGCUCUGAAGUGGGAGAUAAAAAGUAGAGAAAAUCACCGGAGAAAGAUAGGUGUUAUGUUUAUGUAAGAAUGGUAGAUCAUGCUUGAGAUAUGUUCGUUUUAGGUUUCCCCUAGCAGGAUCCUUGCUAUGAUCUGCCUUUGUGGCUUUGUAUUAUGCUACCUUUGUCUCAUAGAAAAGUUAUGUAUGUCUUGUUCAAUUUCCUUCCCUUCUUUUUUUUGCCUUUUCCUUUUCCUUUACCUUUUUCUUUUCAAUAGAAAUAUAUAUCCAGAAAUAUCUUCCAGUGCAAUAUACCUGCAGUUCUUUAUGUGA